AUGAAGGUUUCGACUCUUCUCUCCUCCGGCCUUUUCUCCGUCGGUGCGCUGGGCGCCGCCGUUGGCUCGACCUGCAAAUGCUUCCCCGGCGAUGCCUGCUGGCCUUCAACACAGGAUUGGAACCAGCUCAACCAGACCGUCGGUGGCAGACUCAUCGCUACCGUGCCCCUUGCUGAGGUAUGCCAUGGCGACCAGUACGACAGCGCAAAGUGCUCGAGCCUCCAGUCUUCGUGGCAGACCCCCGAUACUCACAUGGUUGACUCGGCCUCUGUCAUGGCCCCGUUUUUUGCCAACCAGAGCUGCGACCCCUUCACUUCUAGGGACAAGCCUUGCACCCUCGGCAACUACGUUAGGUACGCCGUUGAUGUUCAAACCGCAGCCGAUGUGACCGCGGCCGUCAACUUUGCCCGCGACCACAACAUCCGCUUCGUCAUCCGCAACACCGGCCAUGACUACCUUGGUCGUUCCACUGGUGCCGGUGCCCUCUCCGUCUGGACCCACAACCUGAAGGAUAUCGAGUUCAAGACCUGGAAUGACAAGUACUACUCCGGUCCCGCCGUCAAGCUUGGUGCCGGUAUCCAGGGUUAUGAGAUUAUGGCUGCCGGCAAGGCCCAGGGUCAGGUUGUCGUUGGCGGCGAGUGCCCUACUGUCGGUAUCUCUGGUGGUUACACUCAGGGUGGUGGUCACUCGGCUUUGAGCACCAGCUUCGGUCUGUCUGCUGACAACACCCUCGAGUGGGAGGUUGUCACUGCUGAUGGCCGUCUCCUCACGGCUUCUCGCACCCAGAACUCUGACCUCUACUGGGCUCUCUCCGGUGGCGGCGGCGGCAACUAUGGUGUCGUUCUCAGCAUGACUGUCAAGACUUUCCCCGAUGCCAAGGUUGGUGGCGCGACCCUCGCCUUCUACUCUACUGCGAUGCCCACCGACACGUUCUACGCCGCCAUCGAUGCUUUCCACUCUGCCCUUCCCGACAUGGUCGCCGCCGGCACCAUGGUUGUCUACUACUUCACCUCGGACUUCUUCAUGAUCUCGCCCAUGACUGCCUACGGCAAGUCCGAGGAUGAAGUCAAGCAGAUCAUGGCCCCCUACCUCAAGACUCUUGACACCAUGGGCGUCACCUACACUGCCGGCUACAGCGAGACCGAGAACUACUAUGACCACUACGACAAGUACUUCGGCCCUCUCCCUACCGGCAACAUCCAGGUCGGCAUUGCUCAGUACGGUGGCCGUCUCAUCCCCGUCGACACCGUCAAGAACAACGCCACUGCCUUCGCCAAGACCGCCCGCUUCAUCGCCGAGAGCGGCGUCACUUUCAUCGGUGUUGGCACUGAUGUCUCCGCCUUCGGCCAGAACAACCAGAACGCCGUCCUCCCCGCCUGGCGCAAGGCCCUCGUCCACGCCACCCUCACCACCCCGUGGUCGUUCGCGCCUGAGGACUGGGAUAAGAUGAUCGAGAACCAGCACCUCAUGACCGACGUCAUCAUGCCCGCCAUUGAGGAUGCCACCCCCGGCUCCGGCGCCUACAUGAACGAGGCCAACUUCCAGCAGCCCGACUUCCAGCACCAGUUCUUCGGCAGCAACUAUAACAACCUUGUGUGCAUCAAGAAGAAGUACGACCCCAGCAACCUCUUUUACGCCACUGCCGCUGUCGGUAGCGAGGCCUGGACUGUUUCCAAUGAUGGUCGCAUGUGCAAGUCUUCUUGAAUAUAGCAAGCAUGCAGAGUGUUAUUGGUUGCUGAGCGGUUCGAUCUUUGCUGUUAUUAGCGUUGGUUACGUUUAUUAGAACCUGAUCCCUUGAUCUUUCAUUUCCCAUUCCUUUUUAUUUACGUACUAAUCGUGUGUAUAUGGCUUGUAUUAUCCUGCUCGUUUCUGGGUAAGCGAUCGGAGGUGGUGAGGGGAAGAAAACAACGUCGUGAGGUUUUGUAAAGGGUUGACGGUUGUUGAGAAGGGAAGCUAUUCGGCUUCGUUACCUACACUAUGCAUGGUGCGCAUGCUAGCUAUAACGAACACGUCAUGUCCAUAUGUCAGUUUCUUGUACAUAGUUUUGAGAAGACACUUUCGAAUACACGCCUUGAUGU